CUUCAAGACAAACUCAGAGAGAAUGUUGUUUUAGAUUUGCCACAAAUCGUUGUUAUCGGCGGUCAGUCUUCGGGAAAGUCUAGUGUUUUGGAGAGUAUCGUUGGCCGCGAUUUCCUGCCCCGCGGGUCGGGUAUUGUCACCCGAAGACCACUCGUUCUGCAAUUGAUAUCCGAUAAAAAUAACACAAAACCGUUCGGAGAAUUUCUUCAUUCGCCGGGAAAACGGUUUUACAAUUUCCAUGAAAUCCGCGAUGAAAUCACAGCUGAAACCAAAAGAGAGGUUAAGGAAAGCACAGGAGUCUCAUCAAAACCAAUCAAUCUGAAGAUCUAUUCACCGGAUGUGUUGGAUCUAACUCUCGUAGAUCUGCCGGGAAUGACAAGAGUGGCUGUUGGGGAUCAGCCCAACGAUAUCGAGAAAUUGAUUGAAAAUAUGAUUUUAAAUUAUAUUAAAAAAGAUAACUGUCUGAUACUCGCUGUAACUGCAGCCAACCAAGAUUUGGCCACAUCUGAUGCUCUCAAACUUGCGAAACGAGUUGAUCCCAAAGGUGAUCGAACCAUCGCUGUGUUGACACAAUUGGACAUAAUGAACCCUGGUACUAAUGCCAGGGAUAUACUCAAUGGAAAACAUAAACUGCAAUUUAAACGCGAUUUCAUUGGUGUCGUUAAUCGAUCCCAAAAAGACAUCGACGAGAAGAAAGACAUUAAGAAAGCAAAUGGCCAUCGCGAUUUCAUUGGUGUCGUUAAUCGAUCCCAAAAAGACAUCGACGAGAAGAAAGACAUUAAGAAAGCGUUGGCCGACGAAAGCAAGUUCUUCGCCGAACAUCCGGCUUAUGGGCCAGAAAUGGCCAAACGAUUGGGUAUUAAAUACCUUCAGGAAUAUCUACAACAGGAACUGUCAAACCAUAUCUCCCGAAAGUUACCGCCUUUGAAGUCCAAACUACAGUUGAAAUUACGUGAAACUAACGAUAGAUUAGAGAAAAUUGAGUUUCCACUGAAAGAUGACGAUAAAGAAGGGCUUUUGUCUGAUAAGAGCAGCCAUUUUCUGGAGCUGUUUAAGAGUUCAAUGGGAGGAAAGGUAUGGGAAGUGAAUGUCAAGCAAUUGAGCGGCGGAUCAAAGAUUAAUCUACUGAUGAACGACACGUUUGCCACAGAAGUGGAUCAAAUGUUUUGCGAUGAAAGUCGUUUGAACGGUGAGAUCGUGACCGCCAUUCAAAACGCUUUCGGCACACGUUUGGGAGUCUUCGUACCCGACGCUGCCUUUACUUCAUGUGUUGUGAUGCAAAUCGAACACUUCCGGAAACCAUCGCUAUAUUGUGUGGAUUUG